GACCAGCAGCGAGCGCUGAACAGCCAUUGGCUAUGGUGACGUUCUGUGUACAGACGAAGAGCACCGCAUUGGUCGGAGAGCUGGCGAGCGAUGAGUUCCCGGGCUGCACGGCCACGCAGCCGGCGAGGCAGACACGCGCCCCCUGUCGAGCUGGACCCAGUGGCUGAGAGCUCAGAGGAGGUGGUGGCAGAGGUGGCUCGGGGCAGCUUGAAGCUGAGUCCCAUGGUGGUGGCUGCAGGAGGGGGCCUGGAGGAACCACCACUGGCACCCACAGCCCGCACUGCUGGGCAGCAGCCCCAGGCCAGCAUUGACAGGCCAGUGGAAGCAGAGACUGCCAGGGACUACGCGGCUCCCGAGGACACGCAUGCGGCAGCCCUGGACGCCCCCCAGGAUGUGUAUCAGAGCCUUCAACGGGUGCUCAGCUCCCUAGAGGCUGCAGCCACUGCCUGGCGCCACCCUGGGCCACAGGAGGCGGAGGGCACAGCUGCUGCGGGGGGAACCUUCGAGAGCCAGGAAGGGGCAGCAGGUUGGCCGCCCGAGGCAGCCCAGCUGGCUGAGAGGAAUGCCUGGUUGCGGCUGGCCGUGCAGAGCCGGGAGGAUGAGCUGGCCCGGAUGCGGGCCUCACUGCAGGCCGUGGAGGCCGAGAAGGAGAUGCUCCUGAGGGAGGUCCAGGAGCUGCAGGACUCGUUCACGAGGCUGGAGCCACUGCCUGCAACAUCCCACAGCCAAGUGGGGGGCUCCAGCAGCUCAGGGGCCAAUGGAGAGCCCUGGGGGCUUCAGGAGUCUCUCUCACCGGUUCACCCACUGCUUCGGCGCCUCCGGAGUGAUUCCAGCGUGCACAGCCUCGGGACUCCCCCCACCCCACCGCUCAUUCCCGAGAUGCAAAAGAUGGAAAUGCAGCUGGGGCAGCUCCGUGGAACGGCUGAGAAGCUCAAGUGCUUCAACCGACUGCUGACCGCAGUGCUCCAGGGCCACAAAAGCCACUGUGAAAGCCUCAGCAUGCAGCUGGACAAGCGGGAGGCCGAGGGCACUGCCCUACAGCUGGCCUUGCAGUACAGUGAACGCUGUGAGGCCAUGUACCGGGCACUCCUGGCCCUGUCUGAGGCUGCCAUGGGAGCUGCUGGCCAAGCCCCUGGGGAGGAGUUGGAGGCAUCCGAGAGGGAAGCAUGGAGGCUGCUGGCACAAGAACGAGUCGCCACGGAUGGUGGGACAUUGCUGAAGACACUGCCGAGCCCCGAGGGCAGCAGUGUGGACAGGCCCCUGCCGCAGGAAGUGGCCGCCCAGCUCCGAGGCCUCAUCCGGCAUCUGCAGCAGCGCCGUGCCCUGGUGAAGACCCACCCGGAACCAGACCCCGCCGCCGAACCCCUGCUCACCCUGCCACACUCCGAGGCCCUGCUACAGGCCGCACUGGAGGCCCAGACUGGGCCAGCCCUGCCCCGGCUGGACAAAGCGGAGAUGCAACGCGCCCUGCUGGCCACACGGGAGACACUGGCCGACUUGAUGCUGCAGGUGCAGCUGGUGCGGCGGGAAAAGCGGGGCCUGGAGCUGAGGGAGGCAGCGCUGCGGGCCCAGGGUCCUGCUCACACACUCCUGCGGGACCAGCUGCACUGGGAGCUGGCACAGCUGGGUGUUGGUGGCGGGGACAGCAGCAGCGAGGCAGACAGCAGCGAGGAUGAGGAGUGGGCCCAGGCUCCUGCCGUUCCUGAGGGCGGCCAGCUGGCGGGCAGAGCAUGGGACCCGGAGAAGUUAGCCCAGGAAGUGGCCGCGUCCCUGAGCAGGGCAGCUGACCUGCGGGGGCAGCUGUGGUCUCUCUGGCGGGAGCUGGAGCAGGUGGCUCAGAAGGGACGCGCUCGGCGGGCCCAGAGCGCUGAGCUGCACAGCGACCUGUGUAAGGCGCACAGCGCCCUGCUGCUGGCCUUCCGGGGAGCCCACCGCAAGCAGGAAGAUCAGCUGCGAAAGCUGGAGCAGCAGCUGGCGCUGACAGAGGCCCGGCAGGCAGGUCCAGGCUGGGGGGUCCUAAGACCCCCAAAGAACCAACAGGUGCCCAGCCAAGCCGCCCUUCCCCAGAUGGGCUCCCGGAAAGGAAGUGGGCAGUCUCUGCUUGGGUCUAACCAUAGUCCCUCCAGCUUUCUACCUAGGGCUCAGCUCUCUCCCUGCCCCCAGCACCCAGCCAGAGUCCGCAGGGGUGUGUGAGGUUUGCACAUCCCACCCUCACCCC